AUGCUGAAACGAAAAGUUGGCAGCAGCGGGCUCCAAAGUAUUGAGACUGUUCCUAAACGCAUAAAAGAAUCGUCUCAGCCUGUUUCGCCGGUUGUGUCUGUAUUCUCCUGGAACAUUGAGAACCUCGUACCGUAUAUCCAGCCGCCAUCCACCAAGCCGAUAACAUCAUACUUUGCACCAACUCGACCAAAGGUUCCACGACAUACUCCCUCCCUGCGCAGUAUCCUCCACCACUUUAACUACCCAGACAUUUUCUGCCUCCAAGAAAUCCGGCUCCGUCCCAAAGAUACUGCUCUCAUUCUCCAGGCCGAACAAGCUGCAAAGGAUCCGACCUCGCAGAUUGGAUACAAAUGCUAUACCUGUCUUGCCAAUGAUCCUCUAAAUGUCCGCUUUCGUGGCGGACGAAUGUAUGGUGUCGCAACCUACGUUCGGGACUCGGUACCCCUCACACAGUAG